CAAACCUUGAGAAGAUGAGUACAGAGAGCAUUCAGGAUUUUCGUAAGCGAAGAGACGAUGUCAAUUUUUGGAAAAUUAUGGAAAGUGAACUUUGGUUAAUCAACUGCAUGUCCUUUGAGGGUCAAAAUCUACCGGAGGAAAUGGCUAGAAAAGGAAACCGUAAAUCGAUCGUCGGGAACGUCGGGUUCGAUAUAUUUUCUACGAACUACGUUGAUGGAUACAACAUCAAAAGGAAGUUUAUAAUCGUCAACAACUCGGGGUCUGAAGUGGAUUCCUACAAUUUUUGGAGCUUUAUAUGGGAAAGUGUUUGUAAAGUGAUUGUGAGAUUCGACCGGACAUCGAAAAGGCGUCAUUGGCUAAACAACUUUCGAGAUGACGCAUCUGCUGUAGGUGAAUUCAUCAUUCGGAAGAAAACUAUCCUUGGCAAAUAUUUUACACAGCUAGAAAUGACUAUAGAGAAUAUAAUGGAAAGAAAAUCAAGAAAGGUAACGCACUUCCACUAUCACGGCUGUCUAGAUAAUAUUGCUUCCGUCGGAUGUACGCAGCUGGUAUACUUCUUGAAGAUGGUGAACAAAAAACAAGGCAGUUACCUCACAACAGAAACGGAAGGCAUGGAAACUACAUGUGGCCCUAUUGUACUCCAUAGUAUUGGCUGUUUGGAAAGAGCGGUGUCUAUCUGUGUGCUGGACAUCUGUUUGGACCAGUUGAUGGAGACAAGCUCAGUGUCAGUGCUGACCGUUAUCCUUAAUAUCAAAAGCCAGGUGUCCUUUGAGUCCUUCAGCUUGGCCGAAUACAGGUUCAUUAAUAAAACCUUGCUGCAUAGUAUACGCGUGUUAAAUGUGGAAGAUGAUACGCCUACGCAAAGUGAUCCUAAAAGUGUGUCUUUCAGAAGUCGAAUCAAGAAGCAUUUACCAGGAUAUGUGACGCACCGCGCCGAUCGAUUGGCGGGUGCACAGGGGGGUGUGGCGAUUCUUGUGCGCCGAACCUUGUCGCACCACCGGCGGCAUAUGCCGCAACUACACUACGUGGAAGCGGUGGCAGUCCGGCUGCACACGAACCCCACACCCUUCACUGCCGUGGCCCUCUACAUUCCACCACCCACCCCAUUCCCGGAGGAGGACCUCACAAGCCUCCGCCGGCUCGACUCAUGUGUCAUCCUGGCGGGUGACUUCAAUGCCAGGCACACCUCCUAG